ACUUGACCUGCUGGCUCAGGGUAGAUUGGCCUGAGUGCUUGUGUUCAAGGGUUGCUCCCCUGGAGUGCCUUCCAAGAUGGGGAAACGGAGGACAGACCUCACCUGAGUCACCUUCAACCUCAUGCAGUGAGAGAAAGCUGCCUAGCGACACAGACCAGAAUCCAUGCACGGGCUCCUAGUAGAGCAAGGAGGGGGCUCACUGAGACAAGGGUAGUCCUGGGGUGGCCCCACCCAGGCUCUGAACUGACUCAUCUGCUCAGCUUCCGAGUGGCCGGGUAAGGGCUUGGUGCCCCGGAGCCUGGCAGGCCGUCACAGGCCUGUAUAAAAGCAGGCUAGCCCAGUCCGCGGCACUCACCUGUCACUCUCUGCUGCUGAACGAUGCUGGGAGGCCUGGGGAAGCUGGCGGCCGAGGGCCUGGCCCACCGCACCGAGAAAGCCACUGAGGGAGCAGUUCACGCAGUGGAGGAGGUGGUGAAAGAGGUGGUGGACCACGCCAAGGAGGCUGGAGAGAAGGCCCUUGCAGAUGCCCUAAAGAAAGCCCAAGAGUCAGGGGACAAAGUGGUGAAGGAGGUCACUGAGAAGGUGACCCACACUGUCACCGACGCGGUUACCCACGCUGCGGAAGGCCUGGGUAGACUGGGUCAGUGAGCUUGCACACCACCAUGCCUGCCCCUUCCCGAAUGUCAAUAAAAAGCAUGAAAUGUGAA